CGUAGAGACAGCUUAUUGUCGGCGCGCCACAUAGAAUACACCGCUGUGGCAGAAAGGCAGCAGCUAUUAUCUGGCGCCUCGGCGACAGUCUAAUCCCUAUUAACAAUCACUGGGCCGGUGCUUGGCUAACGCUUGCUUAUUCAACUGAUUGUUGUUGACCUCUGCUAACUUCAGCGGUUAUCGCUAGCCACUUAGCCCAUUAUUUGGUGGGGCGUAUCUUCAGUUAACACAGUAGUAGCAGGCGCAAGUUGCAAUUACUAAGUUAGUGGUUUGAUUCUCGCGCUAAACUAAGCCGCCAGACAGGUAACACGAAAACGAGCUGGGGUAACGGGGGUGUUUCUACCCAGCUAUUAAAACGCUCUGUGUGGUGCUGAUUGCGGAUUUUGCUGGUGGAAAGAUCUCUUUUGCACAAUGUGUGCUCUAUGUUUGCGAGAGAGUUGAUCAAGGAGACGACGAUAACGAAGACAGUGGCGCUCCGUAUCAGACGUGCGUGAAUGUGGGCGAGACGGGUUAGAUUUAUUAUAGGUUUACUACCUGUCCUUUCGCUAACAAAUGGUACACAUAACUGGUCUAUGUACAUUGCUGGUUUAGAAUUUUAAUUGUAAUCUAGCUAACAUCGCCGCCAUUAGCUCGAGUACAGCAAUUGCGAUAGCUGGUCGAGCAACUCGAUGCGAUUUGAGUGGAGCACAACCUUGCGGAGAAGGCUGUUGUCGUAGUGAGAGUGUUGGUAAUCCUCGUUUAUGAUGAAUUUGCUCGUCUGUGGUGUCUCGAUAUAGAGUUAAUAGCGUAAUUGUGUCGCCGUUGUUGCUGAGCGGUUCCUGUUGACUGCCGUAAGCGAUCUCGUGAAUGCCACAACUAUUAUUAUCAACCCCUCUUGGCUCUCCAUCAACAACAAACACCAGCAGUGAACAAUGAAUGGCGGCGAGAAAGAUUCGCUGGAUGAUUCGGGCGUGGAUAAGUCGUCAAUGUUGUGGGAAAUGACUCGUUCACUAGACACGUUCGAGCUGUCCUCAUCGUCCCGUGAUACUCCCAACGUGGACAACGCCUCAGCUGGAGCAGCUUCUAUAGAUACUCACGGUGGCACCGCUACGCCUACCUCAAGUCUCGUGUCCGGGAGUGGAACAUCGGAGCACGGCGGAUCGAGUAACGCUGGUACAAUGGACAACAACCAGAUAAGGAAGUUGGUACCGUUUGACGAAGUUCCACUACUGCCAGGCGAAAAGCCCCCCUUAAAAAAUGCUCAAGACGUAUCCUACCUCUGCCCAUUCCACGAUCCGAUUCGCGGCACGAUCUACGUGACCAACUACAAGCUCUACUUCAAAAGUGUGGACCCUGCCUUCGUUCUCGACGUGCCUCUAGGAGUGAUCAGCCGAAUAGAAAAGAUCGGCUAUCACUCGUCGAAGCAGGAGAAUUCGUAUGGCAUUGAAGUGGUCUGUAAAGAUAUGCGUUCGCUGAAGUUUGCGCACAAACAGGAAGGUCACUCCAGACGCGACAUUUUCACCAAAAUGACGCAAUACGCAUUUCCUCUUUCAAACAACCUUGACUUUUUCGCCUUCGAGUACAAAGAGGACUUCCAGGAAAAUGGCUGGGCAGUUUACGACGCCGAGGCAGAGCUAAAACGACAGGGAUUACCAACUGAAACGUGGCGAAUUUGCAAUAAAAAUGCCGGGUACAGACUAUGUGACACAUACCCAGAGAUUUUCGGGGUACCCGCGCUUGCUGAUGACCCGAUGCUCGAGGUGGUGGCAGGCUUUCGUUCCCGAGGCAGACUUCCCGUUUUAUCAUGGAUUCAUCCAGAAACACAUGCCACGAUCACGCGAUGCGCACAGCCACUGGUUGGAGUGACUGGCAAGCGUUGUACGGAAGACGAGAAAUACCUGUCAUACAUUAUGGAAGCAAAUACUCAUUCGUCAAAAUUGUACAUCAUGGAUGCUCGGCCAUUAGUGAAUGCCGUUGCUAAUAAGGCCAUGGGCGGGGGCUACGAAAACGAGGAAGUUUAUAAAAAGAAUGCUGAAGUCAUGUUUCUUGAUAUACACAAUAUUCAUGUGAUGCGAGAAUCGUUACGGAAGUUAUCUGAAGUUUGUUUUCCAAACAUUGAGGACAACCAUUGGCUGUCGAACGUGGAAAAUACCCAUUGGCUCGACCAUAUCUGCUGUAUUCUUUCGGGGGCGAUCAAAAUAGUGCACAAAGUCGAAGGCAGCCGGUCAUCGGUUCUCGUCCAUUGUAGUGAUGGGUGGGACCGCACGUCACAGCUUACCUCACUUGCGAUGCUUCUUCUAGACCCUUACUAUCGAACUCUCAAAGGCUUCCAGGUGUUGAUUGAAAAAGAAUGGUGUUCGUUUGGUCACAUGUUCGAGACUCGAUACGGCCACGGGGUCGAUAAUUACUCCGAUUCGUAUCGUAGUCCCGUUUUUGUGCAGUUCAUCGACUGUACUUGGCAGGUGAUGAACCAGUUUCACAAUGCAUUUGAGUUUAACGAGAAUUUCCUCGUGACGAUUUUGGAUCAUCUGUACAGUAACCUCUUCGGAACGUUCCUUUAUAACAGCGAGAAGAUCCGUCUUGAGAAGAAUGCGAAAGCUCGAACAGAAUCCCUUUGGUCGAUGGUAAAUUCGAACGCCGAUUUGUACCUCAAUCCCUUGUAUACCCGUUACCCUCAACAGAGCGUCUUAUUCCCAGUGCCUUCCCAGCGCCGGAUUCGACUUUGGAAGACGUAUUAUUGCCGGUGGAACCCUCGGAUGCGAUCACAGCAGCUUCUGGUAACACGCGGAAUCGAACUUCUUGGGCUAAGGCGGACACUGCAGAAAACUGUAGAUGAAGCCAGACGUGAGGUGGCAAUCAACCAGGCUCGGAAGAAAGAUAAAGAGUCAACUUCUACGUGCGGAGUGACCCGAAGUGGAGGUGGCGGGGCUGAUGGUGCAAGCAGCUCAGGAGGAAGCAGCCCCGGAGGUCAGAGCAGCACCACUCAUCAACCAGUUAUGGUUUAGGGCACCUGAUAAAACUGAUUCCCUUACAUGUGGAAACUCAGAAUAAUAACAACAAUAAUAGAAAAAUUGCUGAAACCAUUUAGCACAAUAUCUAGAAGAUAUAGCAUGACCCGAGUAAUCGUCAUUAACCCGAGCAAACAGCCUUUUACGUUGCAGCCCACCGUGGAAAGAUGGAAGCAAUAGACCAUUUGUUAAUUUCUAGAUUCAAGGUUUUCUAUGGCGAAACCUCUAUUUAAAUUUUCAGUUAGAGCAGCGAACUUUAAUUUAGUAUAGCAGCCGCACUUCAUUUGAUAUAUCUUCUUCUAGGGCUCUUUAAGCUGUCUAGUAAUGGCUCACCGCAGCUAUAUAAUUUUAUGUAAAUAAUUCUUUUGGGAAUUUUUCCCGACACAUUCCCUUGAAAGCAUCUUCCACCACAGAAGAUGAAUCACAAGUAAAGAUUGGUUAUAUAAACAUAUUCAAAUCUAUAUUUACAAAAGUGA